AUGGCCCAGCUCGAGCCGGUUAUUAAUUCAGGCUGGGCAGUGUCGGCCCGUUUACUCAGAGUAGUAGGCCCGGCCCGGCCCCGCCCCUGGCCCGCCCAGCAUGGGCUGAGCCUGGCCGGGCCAGACUUCGUGCCAGCCCAGAUUCUUUCAAUACCCUCAUCUCCGCACAUAAGAGAAAGUGUUGAAUAUGAAAUAGUUUAUCUGACGGUGGAGGUUGAAUUUUCUGACGGCCGCGCAUUUCGGCUGUCCGCCGAAUUUCUUAGAGUCUACAGCCCUGCUGCCGACAGCAAAAUAAGAUCAAUCGGUGGCGAGAAGGUAAUAUCUGGACGACGACACAUCGGUAUAAUGUCCGCGGAACCUGUAGGAAAUUACGGAAUCAAGAUUGCCUUCGAUGACUUGCAUAAGACCGGGAUCUACACAUGGGAUUACUUUUACCACUUGGGUACCAACAAGUUCGGUCUCAUGAGAAACUAUAUCAAAACCUUGAAGAGACACGGCCUUACCCGGGAUCCACAACGGCGGAAGUGAUCGAGGAGAGCUUCAAUCAGAAGUUGGCAGGAUUGCUUUUGUUUUUGUAUUAGUGCAAGUGUGGCCUAGCUUCUAAAAGAGCUUGUCCAUUCCACUAAACAGCAAUCGAGCGAUUCACCAAACGAAGAUUUUGGUGUCUUCGCUGCAGAAGAAAGCUGAAAUGAACUUCUCGUUUGAAAAAGUUGCGCUCUAAUUUGAAGUUUUUGCUUAUGCUGCGGGAGAUGACUAUUGGGAAUUUGAUGAAAAAGCAGUUAGUGGUUUUUUUAACACAAAUGGCGCUUCUGUAGGGCUUCAACUAUGUAGAAUCAAUGUACUUUUGGAAGGUCACUAGUGGAGAAAGGCGAUGGCUUUACAUGGCUGGUUCUCUUCAUGCAUUGUCUUCUCUUACCGAACUUCUUUGUACAUGAAUGAAUGGUAUACUGUCUUGGGACUAUACCUAGUAUUCAUCAAUAGUUUAUAUACCGAUGAUUUUGGAUCUAUCUGCAAUUAUUUUGAAACAUGUGACUAUU